AUGAGUUUCCAAAGAGCCCUUAAAGCUCUUGAAAUUCCUGUUAAUGAUAGACAAACUUUAAAUUUCUUACAGAAUCCGGAUUUAUUACCUAUAAAGAGAGAAAAUCAAACAUGGGGGUUCUGGUCAAAUUUUGCAUAUUGGGGUGUUAUCUCCUUCUCUGUAGGUACUUGGAUUAGUGCCUCAUCUGCUCUAGACGUAGGUUUAAGUUAUCCAGAGACUAUUGGGACUUACAUUGUUGGUGAUGCUUUAACAAUUGUAUUCACUUUAGCUAAUUCUUAUCCGGGUCAUGACUGGAAAGUCGGUUUUACUUUGACCCAAAGAUUCGUUUUUGGGGUUUAUGGUUCUACAUUUGGUAUCUUAAUUAGAGUGUUACUAAGUAUUGUUAAUUACGGUUCCAACGCAUGGUUAGGUGGCCUAAGUAUAAAUUUGAUUUUAGAUUCAUGGUCUCAUCAUUAUUUAACUUUACCAAAUACUUUAUCCUCUCAUGUAGCAAUGACUACAAAGGAAGUCAUUGGAUUCAUGAUUUUCCACGUAUUGACUUGUUUCUGUUACUUAAUGAAACCACACCAAAGUAAUUAUUUUUUGAUUAUUUCAUGUACUGCAACUUUUUUCGCAAUGCUUGGUAUGAUCAUCUAUUUGACAAAAGAAAACCAUGGUGUUGGCGAUUUAUUCACAUCAACAGCUGGUACCGCAACAGGUUCUACCAAAGCUUGGGCUUGGGUGUACAUGAUUUCUUAUUGGUUCGGUUCUGUGUCUCCAGGUUCUGUCAAUCAAAGUGAUUACUCAAGAUUUGGUUCUUCAAAGACUGCUAUUUGGUUAGGUACAAUUUGUGCUCUUUUGAUUCCAACUACUUUGAUCCCUGUCUUUGGUGUCAUCGGUGCCUCUACAUCUCAAUCCUUAUACGGUUCUCAAUUUUGGAUGCCAUUUGAUUUCUUCGACCAUUGGUUAAACGCCAACUAUUCUGCUGGUGGGCGUGCAGGUGCAUUCUUCUGUGGUGUCGCGUUUACUCUGUCUCAAAUGGCUUACACCAUCUCUAACUCAGGUUUUGCUAGUGGUAUGGAUUUGGCAGGUGUCUUCCCUAAAUAUAUUAACAUUAAGAGAGGUGCUCUAUUGACUGCUGCUUUAUCGUUUGCUUGUUUACCAUGGAAUUUCUACAAUUCGUCUUCUAUUUUCUUGACUGUAAUGAGUUCAUUCGGUGUCAUUGUGACUCCAUUGAUAUCUGUCAUGAUCUGUGAUAAUUUCAUCAUCAGAAAGAGAAACUACUCUGUGUCUCAAGCCUUUGUCGCUGAAGGUGAGUACUAUUUCAACAAAGGUUUUAACUGGAGAGCAAUGGUUGCUUGGGUGGUAGGAAUGGCUCCUGGUCUACCAGGUAUUGCAUGGCAAGUCAACAACAGUUACUUCACCAACAAAGGUAUUGUUAACUUCUAUUACGGUGAUUCAUUCUUCUCCUUCGUCAUCUCUUUCUUCUUAUAUUGGGCACUUUGCAUCUUCUUCCCAUUCAAGAUUGAUAUCUUGCAUGAUGGUAAGGAUUAUUAUGGUGCUUUCACUGCAGAGGAAGCUCUCAAAAAGGGUAUGGUUCCAUACGAAGAAGUUGAACAAUAUGAACGUGAUGCUUAUAAUAUCGAAGGUGACUUGUCAUAUACUAGAGUUGAGGAAGUAUCAUCAGUCGAUUCCAAUGAAGGUGGCUUAGAAAAGAAAACACCUGUCGUAUUGACUACAGUGGAGACCGAAGGUACUCUAGGAAAGACUAGUAGUUCUAGUGAUAGUGCUGCUUCAUUGAAUCAGGUUAAUGUUUCUUCGAAACAAGAGUAG